AUGCUUACUAGGUCUAUCCACACGUCGAGGGCGCUUGGACAGGCCAAAGUCUGGUCCUCGUUGGCCGAGAACUCGAGAUCUUUGCGCAUAAGAUCAGAAUCCAUCAGAAAAUGCAUACUGGAAGGAACGUUUCCAGGCGGACCUCCGUCUUUGAAGAGGAGGUUUAAUCGUCUCAAGUACAAUUCUCCCGAGAAGAUUGAUGAGACUUUCAAGAUUUGCUACGAUUUUUUACAGUCAAAGGCCAACCAAGUGUAUGACCAGCUCUCGAGAACAGAGCAUCCCAAAGAGAUAGAAAGAUUGCUUGUCAAGGCAGAGCUGGACAAUCCCGAAGUACAGUACAACUUUCAAUACAACGAGAAGGUGGACAACGAUCCUGAUGUGAUAGAUUACGAACAACCGGUCUACAGAUUUCUCGGCAAAAAGCACUGGGAAGCGGGUCCCCAAAUGCUCCUGAUGCAGAGACUGGAGACGCUCGCGAUCAUCCCAGACACGCUCCCCACGCUAGUGCCCCGAGCCGAGAUCAACCUCAAGUUUCCCUUUUCUACCGGUGUGAACAAAUGGAUAGAGCCGGGCGAGCUGCUCUCCUCGAACACGACAAGUUUCCCACCAGCAAUCAAGAUCCAGGAGUACGAACUCCUAGAUCCAAAGAAACAGUAUUACACGAUUCUGGUCGUCAACCCAGACGAGCCAGACCUGGAAAACGACUCCUUCCGCACCACGCUGAACUACGGUCUCGUGAAUGUGCAAGUGAGCUACAACGACAACGUCGUCGACGCGAGGAAGUGCGAUGCGUCGAACGUGAUCGCCGACUAUCUGCCACCGGUCCCCGAGAAGAACGCUGGCAGACAGCGCUUCGCCGUGUGGGUAUUCAGACAGCCGUCCGCGGUCCAGCCACAACGCUGCGUGCUGAACAGAGACGCCUUCGACAUCAGACAGUUCGCCAAGCAGCACUCGCUGCUGCCCGUCGGCGCCCACGCGUGGAGAAGCGAGUGGGACUCCAACGUCGCCAACGUCAGAGACAAGUACGCCCUCCCCAAGGGAAGAGUCUUCGCCAGGACCCGCUCGUAG